AGCGCAAAGGGGGCAGGACUUUUUCUCUCCGGGUCCUAUUAAGAGCAAACUUUGUGUUUUUGUUCUCCAAGUUCAGCUCGGUGCUCUCCAGCCUGCACACAGUUCCUCUCUGCUGCUCUUUUUUUUUUCUUUUUCCAUUUUUUUUUCUUCCUCUCCCCUCUCUCUCUCUCCCUCUCUCUCCCUCUCUGUCUCUCUCUCUCUGUCUCUCCUCCUCAAUGGUUUUGUUUGCUCGCCUGUUGGUUACUCCUGUGUGUGUUUUCAUGGGGGAUUUGGACACCCGGAGGAUGCGCUUUUCGGAGGAACGCACGCUCAAAGUUGUCUCUCCGGCCGGUCCCGGCUCGUUUUAGCGGACACGUAGAUGUGCUGCGGGUUGGAAUGAACAAUGGUGCGGCUCCUUGGUGCUCUGGCCGAGGGCAUGCUCUGGUUUCGGCUACUGUUGCUGUGCGUCGUGGAGCUGGAGCUGGGAGCCGGGCUGUCUACUUUCCAGGGUUUCUAUCUUCCACCUGCGAACGGGUCGCUGCUCGCACCUGCCCGGAGGACGGACGGGGUCGUGCGGACCAUUGACCGGAUUUACCACGGAGGAGGGAAGGUGGGCUACCUGGUGUACCUGGAUGGGAGCCGCUUUCAGCUGGACAUGGAGCGAGACGAGUCGGUGCUGUCGCAUCAUUUCAGCCCCCAGUACGUGCUCGCCAUGAUGGGGGACAGCCCCGCGCCUCUGCAGCGGGAGUGCGUGUACCGCGGGACAGUGGACUCCAGCCCGGAGUCCCUGGCGGUCUUCAACCUCUGCGGAGGGGGUCUCGAGGGCUUCUUCGCCGUGCGCCAUGCACGCUACACCAUCACGCCGAUCAUCAGGGCGAGGGGACACGAGCGCGACGUGCGCGCCCUGCAGGACAAGGACGCGGAGAGCGCGCUCCACGUGUUCACGCGCGAGGGUUUCAGCUUCGAAGCCGAGCGCGAGGGUCGCGAGAGCUGCGGGACGCGCGACGGCCGCAGGGGACGCAGGGACGCGGUGCGGAGACGCCGGCAGAGGGGUCGCGGGAAGGUGUCGCGGGACGGAGAUGGCCACGGAGCGCGCGGGCGGAGAUGGUGGAGCCAGCUCUCCACGGCGGCCGGUUCGGAGCGUGGCGCGCGGCGCAAGCGGUCGGUCUCUCGCGCCAGGCACGUGGAGCUGCUCCUGGUGGCCGACGACACCAUGGCCAAGAAGUACGGCAAGGACCUGAACCACUACCUGCUCACGCUGGCCUCCAUCGCCUCCAAGCUGUACGGGCACGCCAGCAUCGAGAACCCCAUCCGGCUGACGGUGGUGAAGGUGACCACGGUGACGGAGAGGGAGAAGGGGCUCGAGGUGUCCAAGAACGCCGCGGCGACGCUCAAGAGCUUCUGCAAGUGGCAGAACCAGCAGAACCCGCUGGACGACGACCACCAGCACCACCACGACGCCGCCAUCCUCUUCACCAGGCAGGACCUCUGCGGCCACCACUCCUGCGACACCCUGGGCAUGGCGGACGUCGGCACCAUCUGCUCCCCGGAGAGAAGCUGCGCCGUCAUCGAGGACGACGGCCUUCAUGCCGCCUUCACCGUCGCUCACGAGAUAGGUCACCUGCUCGGCUUGUCCCACGACGACUCCAAGUUCUGCGAGGAGCGCUUCGGCGUGAACAGCGACAAGCGGCUCAUGUCGUCCAUCCUCACCUCCAUCGACGCCUCCAAACCGUGGAGCCGCUGCACCUCGGCCACCAUCACGGACUUCUUCGACGAUGGAAACGCCGAGUGUCUCCUAGACUCUCCCCGUCAGCCCCUGUUGGGCCCCGAGGAGCUCCCAGGGCAGAGCUACGACGCCGUCCGCCAGUGUCGGCUGGCCUUCGGCCCCGAGUACACGGUCUGCCCCGGCAUGGACGUGUGCUCUCGGCUGUGGUGCGCCGUGAUUCGCCAGGGCCAGAUGGUGUGCCUGACCAAGAAGCUGCCGGCCGUGGAGGGAACGCCCUGUGGGAAGGGACGCAUCUGCCUGCAGGGGAAGUGCGUGGACAAGACCCGGAAGAGACACUACUCGGCGUCCAACCACGGCAGCUGGAGCUCCUGGGGUCCUUGGGGUGCGUGCUCCAGAACGUGCGGAGGCGGGGUGCAGUUCGCCCAGCGUCUGUGCAACAAUCCGCCGCCGCGGAACAACGGCCGCUACUGCACGGGCAAGAGAGCCAUCUAUCGGUCCUGCAGCGUCACACAGUGCCCUCCAUCAAAUAAGAGUUUCCGGCAGGAGCAGUGUGAGGUGCGCAACGGCCCCCAGACAGAUCCUAAAGGGGUGAAGACCUUUGUUGAGUGGGUGCCAAAGUACGCGGGAGUCCUCCCGAAAGAUGUGUGCAAGCUGACCUGCAGAGCGAAAGGCACCGGAUACUAUGUGGUGUUCUCCCAGAGGGUGGUAGACGGGACCGAGUGUCGUCCAUACAGCAGCUCGGUGUGCGUGAAAGGGAAAUGCGUGCGGACCGGCUGCGACGGCAUCAUCGGCUCCAAGCUCCAGUUCGACAAGUGCGGCAUAUGUGGAGGCGACAGCACGGGGUGUGUGCGCGUGGUGGGCAACUUCACCAAGAAGAGUAAGGGCUACACCGAUGUGGUGAAGAUCCCCGCAGGCUCCACCCACAUCAAGGUUCGUCAGCACAAGGCCAAGGACCAGACCCGCUACACCGCCUACCUGGCGCUCAGACGCCCCAACAACGAGUACCUCCUGAAUGGAAAGUUCAUGAUCUCCACCUCCGAGACAAUCAUCCCACUCAACGGUUCUGUGCUCAACUACAGUGGCUGGAGCCAAAGGGACGAGUGGCUUCACAGCAUGGGUCCUGGGGCCCUGCAAGAACCCUUGGUGGUCCAGAUUCUAGCGACAGAUGCUAAAAAGCCCCUGGAUGUCCGUUAUAGCUUCUUUAUGCCUCGCCGGACAGCCCCACAGCAGCCGUCAGCUCCACUCAUCCCCAACCCAAAAUCAGUCCCUGUGCAGAGCACGACAACAGUCUCAACAACGACAAGAACCACCACCACCACCACCAGUAGCACCACUACGACCGCUCCCCCUGUCCUCCUCGCGAGGCUACCUACAGCCCCAGGUCCCUCCACACCAACACCAGGGCCCCAGUGGGUAACGGGGACCUGGAUGACCUGCUCUAGGACUUGUGACACUGGCUGGCAGAGCCGGACGGUGCAGUGCAAGGACCGGGACGGGAAGCUGUCCAAGGGCUGCCUGCUGGGUUCCCGCCCCUCUGCCUUCAAACACUGUCUGGUGAAGAAAUGUUGAGGCGGCGGGAGAGCAAAAACUUUGUGCGACAAGAAACACUUUGUUAAAAGAACCUUAAUCUGUACGUUUUGAUAGACGCCUCAAGAGUUGAAAGUGGGACUGUGGACCAAUGAAUUUAGGUCAUAGAUCCUUCAACAGGACUGUGAAUGUUGGCUGAAAGCGCCCAGACCAGAUACACAGAGACUCAGAGACAGAUUGGCAUGGAUGUGCCUGACUAUAUGCCAGAGGAAUGUCCUGGAAUCAUAGUGGCUAUGCGGAGCACAAGUAGGACGGAGGACAAUUUCCGUAUGAUAAUGACAAGCAUGGCCCUGGCAUAGCUAAGGACUUAAUUGCAUGUCAUUUCCACAUGGACAGUAACUGAUUGUCUUUACUUCUGUCUCCAGAUCCUGGAGGCUUAGUGUGUGUUGCCCUGUAAUGGCAUGCCUGUCGUGUUUUUUUGUUGUUGUUUUGUUUUGUUUUCUAUGCUAUUCCAUGUGUUCUAAUCACUGUGGGGAUUUGGAGGUGGCACCCCUUUUGUCUUUUGUUGUGUGUGUAUGUGUGUGUGUGUCCGAGACAAGAGCCCCAACGUUAUAGCCCUGUCCCACCACCGUCACGCUACAUUCCACGGUCCUGGACUGGUACUUGGACAUUUCUCUGGCUGAAUGGCUCGCUAGAUGCAUGAUUUGCGUAAAGUCCAAAGGCUGCACAGGAAUAUGUUUCGUUGACCAAGUGCUGUCAGUGGAACUACUGAUUGCCAGAGGGUGCAUUUGAGUGUGCAUUAUUACUGAAGAGAACGGUGGUCUCCGUAUCUUCCAGGUGCUAAGAAGAUUGCCAACCAAAUAUCCUCCCUUCAUGAGCCGCUACGUGACCAAAAUGUCCAAGUAGCAGGAGAUGUGCGUACAUAGUGUGUGUGACGGUCCUGGAUCAGGGCUACCCAUCUGCCCCGACUAUACGUGUUCGUGUCUUUUUAUUGACUGAUCUGUCCAGCCAAAAAAAAAAACGGAAAGGAGCCCGAGGAGAUGGUUGAAGGUCGAGACGUAUCAGUACUUUUUUCUCCUUCACAAAACUUAUUAUGACACCUGGACUACCUGUGUAUUGGCGAAUUUUAGCGGCUGUUGAGACGUAGACGGGCUCCAUUUCUCAUUAAUGAAUUACGUGGUUUUGAAUGGGUGCAUAGACUCGUCUACUCGCCGAUACCGAUUCCAGCAUUUUAUACAGCAUCGGACGCAUUUCUGAUACUGGUAUUGCUAUCGGAACAACCCCGACGGGAGGUUUACUUUGCGACCAAAAUAGAUUGAUUGUACCCAAUCUUCAAAUGUUCAGAUAAUUCUUCUUUCUUAAGCCUUUAAGAAGUUGGGAAGGAAAGUCUUCCUAAUGAAAGUAGUAUUGAUUGUGCUUAAACUGAUAAUCAACUGUACAGUGUAAAAAAAAACAAAAAAAAAACGGCUGCAUGGUGCGAUGGGAGCGUACGGUGGCCUUCAGAGGACAAACUUUUUAACAAUUAAAUUGACAAAGGGGCAAAGUAACCACGACACUCCACAACUUUUAUGGAGGUUAAUGAUGACUCACAGGUUUGGGGCAAUGCUUGAUUUUUAUGUGUGUGUCUGUGUUAAGUGUGUGUGUGUGUGUGUGUGUGUGUGUGUGUGUGUUUGUUGUGUGCCAGCACAUUCAUGUAUCCAGGCCUGUGUUGUCAGCACAUGCAGUAUGUACCAGGAACGUGAUGUUUUUUCGUCCUCUCCUGCGUCUUGAAUCUUACUUCACUCUCAGUUCCAUUUGUAUCAAUCAUUAAGCUGGUGCUGGGAGGUUUACGGUCCUCAUUUGUGUGUGUGUGUGUGUGUGUGUGUGUGGGUCAAUAUCUGUUUGUUUGUCUGUUUAUCUGUGUAAGAAGCGAUGCUAAUAUGACAAUGUGUGCCCUGGAUACUCGCAAAACAAAAGCAAGAGAGAUACUAAUGCAGUCAUUAAUGUCCUUUUGCAAUUCAACUCUCUCUUCAUUCUCUUUUUAUCACUCACUCUGUACUUUACUACUUGACAUCCCGGAUUUAAAAAAAGAUUGUUUUAACCUGUUUCCUGAUGGGUGCUGUUUGCCACAUUACAUCAAAUCAGACUGUGCCACAGAAUGGAUUAGUUUAAAGGGUCACUUCAAUCAAAAUACAACCCCCAUAGAUGAGUGACACUGAUUUUGGGAAGUGAUGUUAUGGUUGGCCUAAAGAAGUUGCUUAACAUUUUUGGUAAACAAUUAUUCGUUCUUUCUCGUACAAAAAAGAUGAGAGGAUUGAUACCACUCUCAUGCCUGUCCUUUAAAUAAAAAUCCAGAGGCAGGCAAUGGUUAGCGUAGCUUAGCAUGAAGAUGUAAAGCAAAGGGAGCCAGCUUGCGUGGCUGGGUCAAAAGACUGAAAAUACACUUGCCAACGCCUCUUAACAAGUUGUUAAUUACCAUUUUGUUUUUUUAAAGUCAAAGUGUAAAAAUGACUAUUUUCCCCUGUUUACUCUCUUAAUGCUAAGCUAACAGGCUACUUGUUCUAGGUUCAUGUUGAACAGACAAAUUCGAGUGAGAUAUCACUCUUCUUGUCUAAUUCUCAAGACAGUGAAUAGUAAUGUUAAUUCUUCUAAGUAAAGGAAUAGAAUGAUGUGCAUUACUAUAAGCCAAAAGGUUUGAAAUGUGAAAAUGUGCUUUUUUGUGUCAUUUUGGUGAACUUACCCUUUAAGGUCCUCCACCAAAAGCAUUAAUUGGGUUAUUUAAUAAGCAAGGCAUUUAAGAAGGUAGACAAUGAACACAGGGCUCAAGGCAGAGCUUCUGUUGACAACAUUUUUAUUACCUCAACACUCCUGAAUGGUAAUCAUGCCCCAGCAUUACGAUGUGACCUUAAUUACAUAUACCUAAUGGACCUAAAAUACCUUCCUGCAAUUGUGUUUAAAUUUCUGGCACCUGAUACAUUUUCCUGUGUGGUAAACUUCACCCUUCUGUGCAGGAGAGAACAAAGCAUGAGAGAGGCUCUCACAACAUACCACUCACAAAGCGUUCUCUUUAUUUCCUCCCCUCACACACUCAGAUUUUAUUUUACAUUAUGUAGACAUUUUUGUACAAUGACUAGAUCGAUCAUAUAUUUGUUAGUAUUCAACUCAUAUUUACAUCAAAAUGUACACACGCGAACACACGCCAUCCAAAACACAAUCCAUCUACGCAGUAUUUCUGUAUUCACAGAAAACCCUCUCUCACACACGCACACACACACACACAUACACACAAACACACAACCUACUCUGACUCUUCCAGUGGGGGAAACCCCUCUCGCUGAACGACAGAAACACAGCACUGAACUUGUAAUUUAUUGUUUGUACAACUGGUAUGUGUGAAUAAAGAAAACAAUGAGAUGAGUUUUAUUUAUUAUAGUAAUUUUGUAUCAAAUUACUAUUUAACUUUAGGAGUAUGACUGUGCAGAAUCAUUCCUUUGUAAGAAUAUAGUGUUUCUUUUCUAGUCAUCCACAUGAAUAUAUGUACAUAAAAUCUAUAUAUUUAAAUA